AUGUAUAAUUAAAAGAGAAUAAAAAUGUAUAUUUACAGUUAUCGUCCAGAAGAUUUGAUUGGAUCAGGAUACAAUAGUCAAGUAUUUAAAGGCCAAAAUGAUGUAAAUGGAGAUAUUGUUGCAAUAAAAGUAUGGAAAUAUUUUAAAUCAAGGUUUGUGAUCACUCAAGGGUGUAGCAUUAAAUAGAAAAAUAGUUAUUUCUAUAAGAAAUCGCAGCAUUAUAAGUCUUAGAUUCGCUUAACAUUGUUAAAAUGCCUUUUUACAUUCAUAAUAAAUAUUGUACAUAUAUUGUAACUGAAUACUGUAAUUAGUGUAUUAUAUAUUUUUAAUUCUAUAUAGGUGAUUUAGAAAAUAUGAUUAUGAAAAGAGGGUAUAUACCUGAAAAUUAGGCAAUCUUAAUAUUUUAUUAGAUUUUGACAGGAUUAAAAGACCAAAUCUCAAAGGGAGUCAUUCAUGCAGAUCUAAAACCAUCAAAUAUUUUGAUAUAAAAGGGUAUUUAUAAGAUUGCCAAUUAUGGACAUUCAAGGAUGAUUUAUUCUCAAAACCAAUAAGUAUAAUAUAAUGUUAGUACAACUCUAUAUAAUUAAACUUAAACAUCAGUAAAGAAUGAUAUUUGGAAUUUGGGAGUAUUUUUUUAUAAAAUUCUGACUGGUAAUGUCCAUAAUAUUAUCUUAGGAAAGUUACCUUGGUAGGCGGAUAGAGAAUAAGAAUUUGUUAAAUUUCCACAAAAAUCCUAUUCAAUUUUCCGAUAACAUAAUAAUUUUAUCAGCAGCUAAAGAUCUUAUUAAUAAAUGUUUAUAAUUAGAUGAGAAUAAAAGAUAUAAUUGUAAUUAAUUAUUAGAACAUGAUCUAUUUAAAUGUUUUUAAAUUAAAACUCUUAAAAAAUAGAUUUAAAUGUUAAUCAACAAUUGUCAAUUAGGAAAUUAAAUAAACAGAACAAAUACUAGCUGUACUUAAGAACUUUAGUAUCAAUCAAUCUAAAGACUCUAAAGUAGAAAUAAUUAAAAAGAGAUUAGAUAAGAAUUCAUGAAUUAUGGAGAUGCUGUUUAUAAUAUACUAAAUUUACAUAAAUUGAUAUUAAGGAUUUAGAAAAUUAUUGAUAAUUUUAAACAACUUAAAAAAAUUUUGAACGAGAAUCAUUCUACUAUAUAUUAAACUAAGAAGGAUGAUUUUAUAAAUUAAAAUAAUAAUAUGAAUGAUACAUUUAGAACUUCAUUCAAAAAAUUGGUAAAAAAAUUUAAUUUUAUAAAAUAGUGGGAUUAUAUAUAUAAAGAUGAAACCUUAUAUAAUGAAAUAGUCAAAGAUAAGAAAUUUGCAGCAGUAUUUGAUGAAAGUGAAUUAGAAGUUGUGAGUUUUUAUAUAAUAAUGCUUUCAUAUUUAAGAAACUCCAUUACUUUGUUAUAAAAUUAAUUGAACUUUAAAUUAAUGAAUUUUAAAAAUAGGAUUAAUUAAAUGGAGUAAAGGAAUGUGCCAUAUUGCUUUUAAUAUAUUUAGUAUUAUAUACGGAGAUUUUUUAUUAAGAAAUCUCAAAUUUUUAGAAUUCAAUAAUAAAUCUUAUUUUUUCAAUUUAAAUUAAUUGGUUGA